AGUAGGACUGGCACGGGCUACUUUUUCCCUUUCAACAUUCAAAGGUUGCAAUAUGGCGGUUUUGGGGUCAUGUUUGGAUUUUGCCACCGUGACACUAUUUGUCACGUCUGCUUGGGUUUACCUCGGCAGAAAUUUAAGCUUUGGCACUCUUUCGGUCGCCAUGUAUUUCCCAGCUGCGUUUGCGCUUCUGUUCAAAGUUGCAAGUGGUGAAUGUUUCGAAUUCGUGAACCAGAUGCUUGUCGGUCUUAGCGCACCACCCACCGAAGCGUAUUUCUCUAUGGUGAUAGCAUGCCUCAUAUCCAUAGCAAUCACAGUAUCAACCAUAGGUCUCUGUGUCAUCCUGAACCUCUGUUUGUGUUGGGGCAUCGUUGCCAAGGGAAGUAAACUGGAGGACCAGAGGUCAUCCAAGGUUAAGGCAUUUAUGAGGCGGAAUAAGAUCUGGGGAUUUCUCCGAGCCUCUGGGGAGGAGGUUGGAUGGCGUUGUUUCUUAUUGCCCUGCUUAUUGGACACCUAUUCACCUGCCAGUGCUCUUUUUAUCAGUGGAGUGAUUUGGGGUCUGUUCCAUGUUGCUGUCAUGGUCUUAUUGACCCAUAAACUUAAAGUGAAGCAUCCACUGAUGACCGUGACUGUCCAGUGUACAUCAGUCUUACUCAACGCCUAUUCCCAUGGCUGGAUAACCAUGCGAUCUGGCUACAGCCUGUGGCCGUCUGCCAUUAUGCACUGCACAUGGAAUAUAGUGAACCCAUUGGUACUUGGCAGCAUUUAUACCCAUGAGCCAGGCCUGAUUGUGGGUGAGCAAUGGCUUAUUAAUGGUGAGGGUCUUGCUGGAUGUAUCGUCAGCAUUCCCUUGGUCUUGCUGAUUGUAAAUGAUAUGGCAGGCUAGACAUGUCACGCAAACCCAGGCAUAAAGAGUUCCAUCUUGCCGGUGUACUGACGUUGCUUGUCAUGGAGAGCUUUCAUGGCGAGUUCUUGGGAGUAGAAUGGAACCAAUACAUCCCCGUUGUACUGAAACUGUACAUUCUCAGCUGGCACCUUCAAGGGUAAGAAGAAAAGACGACAAAUUUUGAUUGUUAAAUUGGAUUUCUAGAUGUUCGGUGUAUUUUGUAUUGUGGUUAUUUUGUGAUGGACGUCUGAGUGUCAAGCUUCUGAAAUAUGGGGGUAGCAUAAAAAUUGCAAGUGUUUAAUAUUUAGUGAAUAUUUAUAGUACUUUGUCAUUAUUUAUGAGAUUGUGCAUAAUAAUCAGAAUUGAAGAGUUCUAUUUUUGAUUACAAACCUCUAGAAUUUAUGCCCUGAUUUUUGUAAAGCGAGUGACGUGUAUUGUUCAAAACACAAAGGAUUUAGAUGUUUAAGACUGAUAUCAUUGCUAUGAGAUGUUGGAAAAUAUGUUAUUAAACAUUCAACUGCCGGUUGAAAUUGUUUCAAAUGAAAUUUGGGGCAGAAUUCUUUGUGUUCUUUUAGAGUUUACCAAAGAGAGCUGUGAGUUGUUGCUCCUAAAUGUAGAAUGCAAUUCUAUAGAAUUUGUUGUUGUAUUCAAUAUUCUGUCCUAAACCUAUUUUUCAGAAGUGUUCUCAGGAUUUAUUCGACAGGAUCAGUCAUUUCUGAAAAAAAUUUUAUGGAAGAGACAUGUAACAGUUUAGAGUUAGGGUCAACAAUUUUUGCAGACUGCUAGGAUGGUACUCAAAUGCACUCGAUCUAACUAUCCUCUGUGAAUUAAAAAGUGUGUUAAAGUGAAAUGCCACGUUCCAAACCUGCUGGUAAUACAUUGCUCCUGGAAAAUGGAUUACUUGAGCAUAUUAGGGGCACAUAAGAAGGAAAACAGGAAGUUUUGUCAAAAUGCCUUUACAUCGUGUAGUGGCUUAGGAAAGGAUGGGAAUCAAGGUUAAUUUUUUUUCUCAUUUUUUUCCUGUAAAGUUGGAAAAGAUCAAUUUGAAGAGGUUAUUUUAUUUACUGCCGAAAUCUGUACUCAAGUUUUGUUUUAUUCAGCGGAUGUAAAGGCUCAUUUCAAGGUGUUAUUGACUGUAGCCUCAAUUAUUAGCAGGAAAUCCUAUCACAGCAUGCGAUAAUAUAUUACUGGCAUGCUUCAAACCUGGCCUUUUGCUUUAACAGUCUAGUGUAUUAGCAGUGGUUUGUUGUAGGAUCAGUUGCUUAAAUGUUCUGAUUUAACUUCUGAACUGUCAUGCAAAUUUGUCAAAAGAGGACUUAGUUUCAAAGUGAAUAGCUGAAUGAUUUUCACCCCGUAUUACUGCUCUGUGUAUUCCAAUGCUUUCUUGACAUUUUUACAAGAAGUUACAAGACUUAAAUUACCCUAACUCCUGAGGCAUCAUUGCUUAGCACGUUCCUCGAUCCUGCAAAAUCCUCCACUGUGCAGAAACCCAUGGCAACUUAUUUGACUGCAACUGUCAAGGGGCAACAUUUGCCUUGUAAAUUCUUAGAACGGUGGUUGGGCUCAACCAUUCAAAAUCCUCCCAAACCCUUUUGUCUGAUUUUUAAAGUUGUGGGAGGGUUUAGGGUCAUCAAGCACUAACUUUUCAUAAUACAGUGUGCUCAAAUUUGCUUAUUUGUUAAUAUAAUAAAGCAUGUGUGCCAAUAAUCCA